UAUAUUUUUCCUCUGUUACCGUUAUGUUGGUACUAUUAUUCUUUGGCGUAAAUGUUGGUUAUGGUUUGCCAUGCAAAUAUUUUAUAAUCCAGUCGCUAGUAUGGGAAUCCCGCCUCAAAAGAGACGUAGUGAUUAUACUGAUUAUAUUCUCUUUGUUGUCAAUGUCAACAGCAAAAGUGGUUGUUGCUAAUACUAAUAGGUUAUAGUUUCAUACUUAAAACCAUAUUAUUAUUAAUUGCAUAAUUAACUUGUAAUUUGUCUUAUCGAUUCACAAGUAACAUAUCGGAUACGACCAUUUUUUUAAUGUUUAGCUAUGUUUGGUUUGUGCUGUUUAACUUUAAGAAGACUGCAUGUAAACAAAUCAGUGAGGUUACUUCAACGUAAGAAACACCUUAUUUUCUCUGAAAAUACCUUAAUUUUAGGAAUAGAAACAUCAUGCGAUGAUACGGGCUGUGCCAUAGUUAAUGGUGCUGGUAAUAUAUUAGGAGAAUCAUUAUAUUCACAAAAUAUAAGGCAUCUAAAAUAUGGGGGAAUAAAUCCUACAAUUGCUCAUGAACUACAUCGUGACAACAUUGGAAAGGCGGUUAACGGAGCACUAGAUGCAGCAUCUAUUCGUAUGGAUAGCAUAGAUGCUAUAGCGGUUACUGUCAAACCUGGUUUAAUGAACAGCCUUGAGGUUGGAGUAAGAUAUGCAAAACAUUUGUCAAGAUUGCAUAAUAAACCCUUAAUACCUAUACAUCACAUGGAAGCACAUGCACUUGUGGCUAGGAUGUACCAUGACAUUCCCUUUCCCUUCUUGGCCUUGUUAAUAUCUGGUGGCAAUAGUCUUCUAGCAGCUUUCAGAGAUGUUGAUGAUGUACUCUUGCUUGGUGAUACUCUAGAUAAUUCACCCGGAGAAAUAAUGGAUAAAGUUGCUCGCCGUAUGAAACUCAGAAAUAUCCCAGAGUACUCACAAGUUGCCGGUGGAAGAGCAAUUGAGCUAGCUGCAAAAAAGGCUGAUAAGCCUGAAAUGUUUGAGUUCCCAUUGCCAUUGGUGAAACUUAGAGAUUGUAGUUUUAGCUUCAGUGGACUGAAGGAUUUUGUUGAAAGGAAAUUGAAGGAGAAAGAAUCUGAACACAGAAUUAUCGGUGAUGGAAUUAUUCCUGAAAUAAACAACUUAUGUGCAGGUUUUUUGCAUGGUGUAGCAGAGCAUAUAGCACACAGAACAGAGAGGGCUGUAGCAUUUUGUGAAGCCAACAAAAUUAUAACUUCUAAUAAGAGCAUUGUAGUUUCAGGUGGAGUUGCUUGUAAUGAUUAUAUAUUUAAUUCUAUCAGGGUUAUUGGAGAUAAAAGAGGGUAUAAAGUUUAUCGUCCACCACCCAGAGUAUGCACAGAUAAUGGUAUAAUGAUAGCCUGGAAUGGUAUAGAAAAACUGAAACUGAAGGAAGAAUGUGCUAUGUUAAAUUCAGAUGUUAUAGUAGAUCCUUAUGCAACACUUGGAAAAAAUAUUAUAAAUGAUGUUAAAGCUGCUGACAUACAAGUACGAGUCACAAGAAUAAGAAAGAAAAUGCCUUAUUUAUAACUGUCUCCAUUAUUAUAUUUAUUUUCCACUUCUUAGCAGUGACAGAAAAGAAAUUUUAUAUGUUUACCGUCCGUGGUCAAAGGGCCUAACACAAACCACAUUCUACAAGUUGCCUCCCUGCCACACUUACAUAUGAAUUUACAAACAGGGAGGUAACAUGUUGAACAUGGUUCACGGUAGGCUCUCAGAGGAGAGCAUAUUAUGGAAUGAAUUUCCUUAGGGCCUACGCUAGCUGACGCGGGUUCUAUUUCUAGGUGAAAUCCGCCACACGCGUCCGCUUCAGUUAUCAUCGCUCAUACUAUUUUUCAUUAACCCGCUCGUCCGCUCCGUGCACCCGCGCCAGCUAGCGGAGGCCCUUAG